AUGAACGACGCUCUUUCCCUUAGAGAUGUGAUCGCAAAUGCGUUUACAAACUCCUCGGGGAAGUUGCUCAUCGACACGUUGAUAAUGAACUAUGUCCAAUGUGUUCUAGAGAAUACCUUAGAUACAGACGCAGACAGUAUCAGCAGGGCAACACAGACCAUUGCUCCUGUAAUUCACAAUUGCAGAGUAACAGCUUCGCUUGAUGAGGCCGAGGAGAUAGUGACAAACCUCGUUUGCGAGGUCUGCUCCCUGAUAGCGACUCAUGGCCGAGACUCCGCAGUGAGCUUGCGACUAGAUGAUGCUGUGUCCGUUUCACAACAAGUACAACGAGCCGCGGCCAAUAAUGAGUAUUGGAAGGGGAUACAAACAGCAAGGGACUUAGGAAUGCAGAAGCUCCAAUUCCAGAUGAUAAAGUCGUCAGAAAAAGCACGUGCACUAGCAGAGAAGCGUCGUCUAAAGGAAAAACACGUUAGCAAGGAUGAAAUCCCUGCAGCAGACAAUGCUGUCAGUAUCUCUCAGACAAAGUUUGUUCCUCGCACGGGGCAGGCCAUCAAGCUCGAUAGGGUUACUCUGGCAUAUGGAAAGAAUAUCCUUUUAGAGGAUUGUGACUUUACUUUCCAUUUUGGGCGACGAUACUCGCUUAUUGGUCGGAAUGGCACGGGAAAGUCGAGUCUCUUGCGAGCUAUUGCGCACGGAGAGAUUGCAUGCAUCACCAAUAGAGACCAGUACAAGAUACUCUACGUGUCACAGGAGGUAGCGCCAUCGACCGACAGGGUCAUCGAUGUCGUGUUGUCGGCCAAUGAGGACUAUGUCAGGCUCACCACUGCAGAGCACGCCAUCAAGGCUGCCAUAGAUCUCCUUGAAGAACAUCUAAUGCGUCUUCGUAGUGCCUCUCAUGGGAGCUCUUCUCUUAAGUCCGAACAUUCCGCUUCUCGCACGUUGAAAGGCUUGCUUCCAGAGCAUGUCUUGACUGAGCUUAAUGCUAGCAUUUUUCCAAGCAUAAGUGUGGAUACUUCCGCCGCACUUAAUGCUUCUGCGACAGAGGCGCUUUUGGACAAUCUCGGGGUAGCUCUCCAGCAGCGAUACGACGAGAUGGAGGCAGCUGAUCUGUUCAGUGCACAGGCACGUGCAUCGCAGAUAUUGGCGGGGUUGCAAUUUACACCAGCAAUGCAACUCAGACGCACCAAGGAGUUUUCAGGUGGUUGGCUCAUGCGUGUAAGCCUUGCUAAAGCACUUUUUGUAGCUCCAGACAUACUCUUCCUUGAUGAACCAGACAACCACCUGGACACAGAUGCCAUAAUGUGGUUGGAGAACUGGUUAGUCAACUUCCCCCAGGAUAAGCUUGUUAUAGUCGUCUCGCACGAUACAGACUUUCUUAAUCAGUUCACUACAGACAUCGUCUUUUUAAAUAACCGAAGGCUCACGAAAUACUCUGGAAAUUACAGUGCAUUCAUCGAGCUUCGGGAGAGUGAGCUCAAAAAUCAGCAACGGCAAGUAGAGAAGCAGGAGGCUCUACAGGCGCGUGUGCAGACUUUCAUUGAUAGGUUCCGAUAUAACGCUGCGCGGGCAAGCCUGGUGCAGAGUCGCAUUAAGAUGCUGAAUAAAAUGGAGCGGCUGUUCGUUUCAGAAGACUACGCGGUCCCACCAUUUAUUUUUCCUGGGCCCGAGGUGUCUGGCGCCCAGUUUGAAUUGCUAUCACUCAAGGACGUGGAGUUUAGCUAUGUGCAGCAGAAGUUAGGAGGAUUCUGUCUCAAGGACAUCAAUCUGACUAUUUACAAUGAUAGUAGAAUAGCAAUCUGUGGCGCAAAUGGUAGCGGAAAGUCAACCAUUCUCAAGCUACUGAGUGGAAUGGAAAAGCCUGACUCUGGCGUCUUCAUUCGUAAUAGCAAAUGUACACCCGCAAUAUUUUGGCAGCACCACACGGAUCUCCUGGAUUUGGAUAAGACACCACUCCAAACAAUCAAUGAAUUUGCCCCUGGAGAGACCAACAACAAGUACCUGUCCCACCUGGGAGCAUUUGGAAUAACUGACGACCUGGUGUUCCAAACCAAUCGCACGCUUUCUGGCGGGCAGCGGUCUCGACUGAACUUCGCUCUGCUCACGUUCCAAACCCUGCCAUCCCUCCUGAUCCUGGAUGAACCAACCAAUCACCUGGAUAUAGAAACACGUCUUGCACUAGCAGAAGGUCUAAACCAGUAUACUGGAGCGGUACUGAUAGUGUCUCACGACGCACAGAUGAUCCAGAGCGUCACAGACGAACUCUAUGUUGUGAAAGACGGGACACUGUCUAAGUUCGAUGGCGGCUUCCUUGAGUACAAGGAGCACCUCCGCGGUAGUAGAAAAUAA